AGUACGUCACAUGUUGUUUUGCUUCUUUAGUUCAGUCACUCGAUGAGAUGUGCUAUUUACUGUUAAACGGCUGGGAGCAGGAGAAGAGCACUGACUGUGCAGGGUGUGCAGUAAGACAAACCAGCAUCGGGAACACCAGCUAAUGCACCCUGUUCUGCCAACUACGGAUCAUGGCUAGACACCUUACACUCUGCACAUAUUUAUUUCCAUUCUCCUGCUGCACUUUCCUGUUAUGAGGAGCAAACGUCGUCUCAAAACAUCAGGGACUCUUGCCAUAUAUGUAUGCUGAGCUUAUUCAACCCUCAGUAGCAUUUUCAAGGUUGGUCACCUCUAUUUUUUCCUACUCUCUCUUGUGCAAACGGAGACCAGUGCUGUUCAUCUAAUUACAAUUUUUACUAUUCUGUUUUGAUUGCAAGGAUUGGAUAACGUGGCAUUACUACUACUUCAGGGCUUUUUACUUUAUAUUUACUGUACUGAUGCACUUGCCUGUACAAGUAGAGAGAAAAGCACUGCAAAACGUCUUGGACUUAUCACUUUGUUAAUUUCACUGACCAGAAGUUCUGUGUAUAGAGAAACUGCACUGACACAUUAAUAAGGAGUCACUUAUAAUUAACAUCCUGAUUGCCCAGGACUCUUUACAAGGAUCAAAGGUUAUCAAGAGGGGAUCUUAAAGGAAAAUAAAAACAACUUUGCAUUAUUUAGCGUUUUCAACACCAUUUACAAGUGGCUAAGGGACAUCAUUUUGGUGGUGACAAGAUAAUGGCCAGCCCUCCCACUACAGGGCAGCCAGUUCUCUCUGGUGGCUCCAGUUUGAACCACAAUAACAACAACAACAACAACAACAGCAGUGUAAAGAAAUGUGGCUAUCUAAGAAAACAAAAGCAUGGCCACAAGCGUUUUUUUGUGCUUCGAGAGCCUGGGGAAGGCUGCCCUGCUGCCCGUCUCGAGUACUACGAAAGCGAAAAGAAGUGGAGGAGUAAGUCUGCAGCAGCCAAGCGGGUGAUUUCCCUGGACAGCUGUCUUAACAUCAACAAGCGGGCUGAUGCCAAAAACAAAUACCUAAUUGCCCUUUACACUCGAGAUGAAUAUUUUGCUGUGGCAGCAGAGAGUGAGCAGGAACAGGAGAGUUGGUAUCGGGCUCUCACUGAUUUGCUUAGUACUGGAAGGGGAGAAAGAGAUGGUACAGGAUGUACAGGUACAGGAGGAUGCUGCUGCCCAGGCACUGUCAGCUGUAGCAGUAGUUGCAGCAGUCAUCUGGCACUGACUGAGGAUCCUAAUUAUGGACUAAUUACCCCAGCAAAUGCAGUGUACAGGGAAGUUUGGCAAGUGAACUUGAAACCACGAGGUUUGGGCCAAAUGAAAGGUAUGAUUGGAGUACAUCGUCUGUGCCUAUCUGCCCGCAGUAUUAGUUUUGUGCGGCUAAAUAGUGAGACCCCUUCAGUGACUUUACAGUUAAUGAAUAUCAGACGUUGUGGCCAUUCUGAUAACUAUUUCUUUGUGGAGGUAGGCCGUUCAGCCUCCACUGGCCCUGGGGAGAUUUGGAUGCAAGUUGAUGACUCUGUAGUGGCCCAGAGUAUUCAUGAGACUAUUCUGGAAGCCAUGAAGGCCAUGCGUGAAUUGGUAGAAUUCAGACCCAGAAGCAAAAGUCAAUCUUCUAGCUCUAACCCCAUUAGUGUACCAGGCAGACGACAUCACCUUACCCAGCUGCCACCCAGUCAGACAGGUUUGAACCGAAGGACCCGCACUGACUUACCUCCAUCUUCAUCUUCCACAAGCAUUGCAGCAAACAUAACUUCAAGACUUCGGACGGCUAGUGAGGGCGAUAAUUUGAGCAACAGGGCCAUCUCUAGUAGUCCUUUAAGUCCCCGUACGCUUCAUGCACCCCUAAGCCGUUCUCAUACCCUGAGCUGUGGACGCAAUGGAAAAUUAGUUCCAGCUCCAGGGCUUCUUCAACACAGCCGCUCAAUGUCAAUGCCUGUUCCUCGCUCCCCACCAUCAGCAGCCAGCCCUAUCAGCUUAUCCUCUGGAAGUAGUAGUGGGCAUGGCUCUGCUUCAGACCCACUUGUCCCCCCAAGACCAUCAAGCUGCAGUGCCUCAGUAUCUGGAUCACCUAGUGACCAAGGAUUUAUGUCCUUGGAUGAAUUUGGAUCAAGCCCAGUGGAGCUGGCACGGACAUAUUUAAGCUGCCGCAGCAUCACCCCUGACUCAGUGUCCAGUACACCACCCCAAUCUGGAGAGUUUAAUGGGUACAUGUCCAUGGAAAGACCACUUCCAGGUGGUUGUUCAUGUUUAGCACGUCGGUUGGAGGGGUCAAUUACAGAAAAAUACCCCAGGAAGAGAACCUACUCUCUAACUACUCCAGGAAGGCAGAGAGUGGCACAUCCACAAACAUCUUCUGCGUCCCUUGAUGAGGCCACCUUGAUACGUGCCACAUAUAAAGGAAGCCCAAGUACUUUGUCCUCCUCACCAAAGGUGACAUACCACCCAUAUCCUGAGGACUAUGCAGAUGUUGAGAUUGGGCAAAAUGAAGAUGAUGGAUACAUGCCCAUGACACCAGGGGCAAGUGUAGGUUCCUCUUCUGACUAUGUGCCUAUGAGCCCAGCUAGUGUAUCUGAACCUCAACAGAUCCUGCAACCACGCACUUGUUGUGUUGAAUCCAUUGAAGGCUCUCAUGAAGAUUCCCCAGAUGGAUACAUGCGAAUGUGGUGUGGCUCAAAAGCUCGACCAGUACCUGUGCAUCACAGAAUUUCACCAUCAGAGCCCCAAACAGCUUUCACACCUCCAGACUAUUUUUUUAUGCAACCUAGAAACAGUUGUUGUUGUCAAACUCACACUGUGGCCCCUCGAAAGUCUAGCCAUGCCGAGGUUGAGCCCUAUGUAAUGAUGAGCUCCCCAGCUUCAUCGUCUCCACAUGGCCGAGUAACACGACCCUCCCGUCUUGCCCUUCGUACUCUCCCCAGCAUGAGUGAGCAUUCCCCAGAAUCACACAGUCCACCUGGUGGGGAAUAUAUCCACAUCUACUUUGGUGAGACUAGGUCUCAGGAUUCUUUGACUUUACCUGCACAGCCAACACUUCCAGAUUCAGUUAUACAAUCUGCUGCAAGCAGUCCAGCUUCAUCCUCUUCAAGCUCUGGGCCUCAGCCUUCUCCAAUCUCUGAUUACAUGAACUUAAACUUUGAGCCUCCCUCUUCAAAGCCAAAAGUUCCUUCCUCUUUGAAUGUUCAUGCAGACUACACAGAAAUGAGCCCAAGGAAGAUGCCAUCUUGUCCUCCCCCUAGUUCAUCACCUCCCACAGUUGUUCCUACAUCCAUAGAUAAUCCUGGAUCUAGUGUGCAGCAUCUCACAAUGCUUAUUGAUCAGAUGUCUGGAGUAUUCAACAUUUCCAGCCCACCUGUAGACCCUAACCGGGGUGCCAAGCUUAUACGAGCAGACCCACAGGGAGGUCGCCGUCGCCACAGUUCAGAGACCUUUUCAUCCACAACUCAAGUAACCCCAGUAUCUCCUUCUUUUGCGCACAGUCCCAAGAGACACAGCUCUGCCUCUGUAGAGAAUGUGUCAUCCCUACGGCCUGGAGAAGCUCUGGAGGCUGCAGAAUGUGGCAGUCCCAUGUGUCGAGAGACUUCAGCUGGUUUCCAGAAUGGUCUUAAUUACAUUGCCAUUGAGCUGUCACCUGAAAAUCAGGGCCUCCUGCUGCUAUCUCAAGCCUCUUCUAGAGGACAUCUACCUGCUAUGGGCCUCACUGGUCUAGAUAUUGGGUCAUAUCCCAGCAUUGACUUUCUGGGACAUAGGAUGAAGGGUGCCACCACAGUUAGAGAGUGAAGCCGCUGGUUUAGAACCUCAAAAACAUCAAAAUGGAAAACUUUGGGCCUACCUUCUGAAUUAGAUGCUGCUAACAUUUCAUUUUUUGGGCUCAUGAUUCCAACUGUUUCCACUCAGGUAUAUAGUGUGGUGGACAUGUCAUCAGCGAAUUACAGUGACAGAGACACGCUUUAGCAUUAUUUGAUGGCAUUAUUUUACAUGCUGCCAUAUUGAAACAAAAUGGCUUGAAUCCCUACUAGAGAAAUCUUAAUAUAUUAUUUAAAGUUCACUAAUGACAGAGGCCUUCAUCAACCUUCUUUAUUUAUUCUUCAGCUGGCUGGGAGAUUUAUGGACACCAUAAAAAGCAGUAACAUCUGUUGUAUUUAACACAAAAUAUACUGUUUGUCCUACCUCAGUAAACAACGAAAUUAAAGCAAGAAAAAAAGACAACACUGACGAUGAUAUUAAGGAUUUAAUUAACUAAGCAAUUAAGCUUUUGGAGAUCAUUUUCAGCCUUACUGAAUAGUAAAAAAAAAAAAUGUAGCUGCUGGUCAGAUCAAAAUUACUAGCUGCAUAGUUAUUAAGACAGUCCCAACACUGCACCAAACAGAUCCUACAACUUGUCUACAUAACAGUUUUUAAGAUGGUGUUGGAAUUUGCAAUUUUAAAGACCAGAAAUGGACCAAAAACCUGACAACUAGACACUUUUGCCCAGUUUUCUUGAUAAUAGCUGCAUGCACUGCACACAUAGGAACUCAAUGAAAAUAGCUCUUAAAUUGGACCGGCAGCUAGUUGGAUUUCAUAACGAUGUAUAUUUUCACCAAUGGGAGAUUAUGUUUGUGUGUGUAUGUAUCUGCACUUUUCCACACAGACUAUAUAUAUAUAUAUAUAUAUAUAUAUAUAUAUAUAUAUAUAUAUAUAUAUAUCAUUUUUUUAUAUAAUUUUACUUUAAGGUACUAUGAUUUGAAAAUGAUUGUAAUAAAUCACCUGCUGCAUUUCUCAAAACCAAAAAGAACCCACCAUGUAUGUUCCACACCGUGGAAUAUAAUUGUUGAAAAUUAUAGUAAAAUUGCUGUCAUUUUGGUUCAUUAAGGUUAUACCAAGGUAUUUAAAAUCCAAUUGCAGUAAUAUUAUUUUGGUUCCUUGCACAAGCAUGGUCUUUGCUCCUAUUAAUAUAGAGCAUUAUAAAUAUCUUAUGGUACUUGUACAUUUUUGUUUUUCACUAUUCUGCAAAUACAUUGUUUUGUCUUACUCUUUUUUUCAAAACACUACACAAAGUACGGUCAUUUUGUAGAAGAGAUAUUGAUAAUAUGAUAACAGGAUCUUAAAGAUUCUUACUUAUAAAAAGUAGCAAAUGGUUAAUGCUCAGUUAAUAGGGGCCCUAUUAAUUAUUGUUUAGGCAGACAAGGUUCCCAGCUAGGGAGACUAUCUGCUUGUGAUUGCAUUUGUUCAUGCAGAGACGCCCCCUUCUGUUGUGCAACCAAUUACAUCAGAGCAGGACUGUCAAUCAUCCUGGUCAGAUCAGUCCGGGAUGAUUUUUAUGAGGUUUCAGAGAGGUUAAGAAACAGUGCUGCUAUGUAACUAUUGACAGCAAGGGCUCCAAAGUUGCCUCUGUAGCUUGAUACAUGGAUCUCAACAACCGUACUAUACAUUCACUUUGUUUUAUAUGUUUUAAUUUAUUCGAUCCCGAUAAAUGGAAUGAACAAAUGAACAACAUCUAAAAUUUUAGUUCUAGUUCCUGACUUUUUUAGCUAUUAUAUUUAUAAAUCUAUAACUUUUCUACCUGCUAUAAAAAAAACUUACUCUUAAAUGUUUAAUAAUCUUAUUAACUCAUCUGAGUUCAUUUUUACAACCUGCUUAUUGUCUGUGUGAAUAUUGAAAGUUCUAAUAUAUAAAGGCCGGCGGAAUAAAAAAAAAAUACUUUACAAAAAUAAUUUAUAUGGAUCUGAACAAUGGGAUUUUAAAUGUAUUUAUUUAAUGACAACAUCAUGUCUUCCUGCUUAUACAGUUAAUGUCUUAAAAAAAUUGGAUUGUACUAUCGGACAAAACUGAAUGUAAAUUCAUAUAUAGUUUUUCUUUUUUUCUAUUUUUUUUUCUUUCUUUUUUUAUGAAAUUCUGGUAAGUGGGAGACAUUUUGCUUAUAUAACAAUGUGUAGGCAUUUAAGAAUUUGGUCUGAUUAUUAUAAUAUAUACUGUAGUUUUAUAUAUAAUAUUAUAUUAUGUAAAAACAGAAAAAAACUUUGUAAAAUAUUUUUGGCUUUGUUUCAAAAAGAAUUCUAAUUAAUAUUUACUUUGUAAGAACCAUAACAGCACUGAAGUUGUUACCUGCUGACUACAUUUUGAAUUUAUACUGAAUUUAUGAACCUGUCUAAUUUAAAGCUCUCAAGCAUGGUUGUAUAUUUAUACUAAUAUUCAUAGAUAGGGAAGUUAUUCCUACGCUUACUAAAAUAUAACUGUAUGCUGCAAAUUUCAUAGGAGGCAUAUGCAAUAUUUACAUUUUAAAUUUAGUUUACAGAACACAACCAAAAUGUACAGGUUUUACAAGAACACCAUAAUGUAUAUUUAUCUUUGUACAUUUUUGCCUGCGGCCACUAAAUUUGAGAUAUUUUGCUAUUUUAACCUUUUAAAAAGUUGUUUAAAACAGUGUUUUUUUCUUUACUGGGUACAUAUUGUUUCUGAAUAUCAAAAUGUUAAUAUUUCUUGCUUUUGUGAUAUGACAAGAGACUUAACUUAUCUUGCAGUGUCUUCCGAUGUAAAUGUUCUGUAUAUACAAUAUGAUAAAUGUGAUGCUGCUGGAGAAGAGAAUAAACGGACUUAGAGUAGAGCAUUGUAUCUAGUCUUUUAUUGGUCAUGGAUGCUGUCUUAAUUACCAUAUGCAAUAAAUACAUUAUUUAUGAUAGGAAA